AUCAUGGUACUAAAUGAAAUGAAAGCUGGAGUCCAAUUCACAUUCCCUGAAACACAAGGACCUAUGCCGAACUCACUUUAUCUCGUUCAUGCUGAACUUGAUGGUAAAACUUAUGUUGGACAAGGUUUAUCUAAACCGCUUGCUCGCCAAAAUGCAGCUGAAAAUGCAUUAAAGGCUUUAUUACUUGAAAAAAUGACAGCAGCAUCUUUGAAAGCACGUAUGGAUGCUGAAUCAGAUGGACAAACUAAUCCACCUUUGGUGGAUGGUAUAAAAGAGGAAAUAAUGGACGAUAAUAACACUAUGGAUGCGACUACUGAGGAUGAAAUUCCAUGGAGUUCAUUGGCCAGUUUCGCACUUUAUAAACUUUUUCUUGAAUGGCAUAAUCAGGGAACAUCAGUUCCAGUCCCACGACCUGGUUUACCAACUGCAAAAGGAGUCAAGAAAGAAAAUUCUAAUGCUAAAACUCCUACUCAAAAGGAACUUCCACCCAAUCCUACAAACAUACAUCCAGUUAUGUUACUGAAUCAAAUGAGACCUGGAUUAACGUAUAUGGAGCUGCAUCGUGUCGGUAAUCCACCAAAUACUAUGUUUACUCUGGCUGUUGAAAUUGGUGGAGUUGAAUAUUCAGGAACUGCUAGAAACAAAAAAGAUGCAAAAAAAGCAGCAGCUAAAGCAGCAUUACUGGCAUUGUAUAACUUAACCUAUCCAGAAGAUACUAAUAAGCAGGAUUUGAUGACAAUUGGUUAAAGUGAACAAUAUAUAAUUUAACACAAACUGUUCAAAAUAUAUUAUUAUACACAGAUUGUUUUUUUUAUCUUUACCCACAAAAAUAUCAAGUUUUCGAUUAUUUGAGGGCACUCUGUUGGUUGUUCACCCAUUUUGCAAAACUCGAAGUUUUUGGUGUAAUUGUUUUGCAUUUCACCUUCCUAUUACAUAAAAUAUGUAUACACAAUGAAAGUUGUUGCGAAAAUAUAAAUAUACAAAUUGA